CUGGGAAAUACUGAAGAUGACAGACGGUCGUUUGUGGAGCACAGAUAGUUCAAAUACCUGUAGACGGCCAUAAGAGUCUUGCAGCCAUGACUUGCAUACACCCCCAACAUGGAUCUCAGCCCUAUGAAAACAGCCUUGGCAGCUCAGAGCUUCAAAGUGCAGACUUUAUCUCCAGGUUGGCUGUGGAUAUGAGCAGCCCACGGGACCACCUCUCUGCUCCAUCCCUGCCAAGCAUCAGCUCCCUGGUGGGCACUAACUCUGGCGACUUUGACGCAUAUUCAUGCCAGUUCACGGCAGCCCCUGCCCACGUCACUCCAUCGUCAGGCCAGGAGACCCCCUUCAAGCUGGAUGACCUCCAGGUUUACAGCUGCUACCCUGGAACUUUCACCCUGAGUUACCCGGAGGAGGCUGUGUCCCCUGGCGGUUCAGAUUAUUUUGGCAGCCCCGCAUCGGCCUCGUCUCCUUCAACUCCUGGGUUUCAGAGUCAGCAUACGUCCGCCUGGGAUUCAGCAUUUGGUCCAUACUCACCCAGUCCAGGAUACUGGGCAUCUGAAGAGACCUCAGUGCAACAUGCACCCUCUUUCUUCACAUUUGGUUCAGGGUCUGUGGAGGAUAUGUCUCACUUGGGUCAACCACACUUAAGAGAUCAGGAUCCUUUCACUUUGGCCCAUCCUCUCCCAUCAGCACUGACCUUCCCUGCCUUGUCAAUGGAGCAAGCGCGGAGCCUUGAUGGCAACGACCAGCUGGAUGGAAGCUUAUCGCCCAAAUUAAAAAGCCCAAGUGGAAAUGAAGGCUGCUGUGCUGUGUGUGGGGACAACGCCUCCUGUCAGCACUAUGGGGUUCGCACCUGUGAGGGAUGCAAAGGUUUUUUCAAGCGUACGGUGCAAAAAAAUUCCAAGUAUGUUUGCCUUGCCAACAAGGAUUGUCCUGUGGACAAGAGAAGGCGGAAUCGAUGCCAGUUUUGCCGUUUCCAGAAGUGUCUAACUGUAGGCAUGGUCAGGGAAGUUGUGAGAACAGACAGUCUAAAAGGAAGAAGAGGUCGCCUACCUUCCAAGCCUAAAGUCGUCCAGGAUGUGACGACCAAUGUGUCUCCAGUGAGCAUGAUUGCUUCUCUUGUGAGGGCGCACAUUGACUCAAACCCUGGCAUUGGGAAACUGGAUUAUUCCAAGUACGAUGAGACAGAAGUCAGUCCAAACCGGAAGGAGGAUGCGAGUGACAUCAAGCAGUUUUACGACCUUCUCACGGCCUCCAUGGAGGUCAUCAGGACGUGGACGAGGAGCAUCCCAGGUUUCUCCGAGUUCUGCUCAGAAGACCAGGAACUUCUGCUGGAGUCUGCGUUUGUUGAACUCUUCAUCCUCCGUCUUGCAUAUCGGUCCAAUCCUGAAACGGACAAGCUCAUCUUCUGCAAUGGGGCUGUGCUUCACAAAAUUCAGUGUGUCCGAGGCUUUGGGGACUGGAUCGACUCCAUCUUGGAGUUUUCUCAGAGCCUCCAUCGCAUGAAGCUCGACGUUUCCUCCUUCUCCUGUCUCACAGCCCUGGUCAUAAUCACCGACCGACAUGGUCUUAAGGAGCCAAAACGUGUGGAGGACUUGCAGAACCAGCUCAUCACCUGCCUUAAAGAUCAUGUCUCUGGCUGUGGCUCUGACUCCUUGCGGCCAAAUUAUUUGUCCAGACUUCUCGGGAAACUGCCUGAGCUCAGGACUCUGUGCACUCAAGGCCUCCAGCGAAUCUUUUACCUUAAAUUAGAAGAUCUUGUUCCCCCACCACCGAUUGUGGAGAAAAUCUUCAUGGAUACGCUUCCGUUUUGAGUGUGAAAUGGGAGAUUGACAAUCUGCGAUAUAAAAUCUGGAGUUUGUUUGAGAGCCAAAGAGAACAGACUGAGUGCUCAUACUUCAGGUAGUAUAAACUGAAACCGCAAGAACAUAAGAAGAAGAAUCAUCCUGAGGGAUUACGCAGCUCCACAGGAAAAGGGCUACUUCUGUAUUAUAAAGUGAUUAAACUUGUGGAAGCGACAUAUAUAUGGGGGCAUUAAAACACGCUCUCACUAGUUUGUUUUUCCAAGAAAUUGUGUACUCACCAGAUGGAAUCAGACAGGCCAGCUCAUGGACCAAGAGGAGACUGUUUACAUACAACAUGGUGCCAUGAAUGGAAACAUUUCUGAUGGAGGGAAGAUGACUGCACUUUCCAAAAAAAAAAAAAAAUUAAUUCAUAUUAUAUCUGUACCUUCAUUUCAAGGAUGUAAAGUUUUCUUUUCAGUGACAACCUUUUUUGUGAUUUGGAUGACUGUAAAUUGUACAUAAAAUAUAAGACAAAGCAUUAUUGUGAUAUCUUUAGCUCAAGUAUUCAAACUGGCCAAUUUCACAGAAGCAAACAGAUUUUCCAGCCCCCAAAGUGAUGUUGUGAGUCCACACACGUCGGCAUCUGAAGCAUGAAUCACUCAAAGAUCCAGAUUGGUUUAUAUUUAAUGGCACCAUAUGUAUUUGGUGAUUUUUAAAAAAAAGUAGGUUAAGCCUACAUAAUUAUUUAGCAUAUCAUUCAUGUAUCAUGAAUAGACAUUGAGCAGCUAAUAUACUGUGUAACAUCCAAUACAGUCUUAUACACUGGUCUUGUGUGUAAAUUAUUUUGAAUCUGUCUCGAGCCUACAGGUGUUAUUGUCACAUGAACUGUAUUCUACAGUCUGUCAAAGUGUAAUUUUAUUUUGGGUUUAUCGUUUUUACAUACUAAGAAGUUAUAUUUUACUGCAGCUAAACAUGAAAUAAAAUGUAAAACUGCA